AUGGCGUGCGUGCAGGUUGCUGAAGCUGUAAAGAGCGCUUAUACGAGAAUAACGACCAGUAGCACGAGAGUGCAAGUCGAGGUGCUGCAGCACGUGCUCUUGCCAUCCAUCAGAGACACAAAGCAAGAUAUUUCUGAUGGUGUGGUGAGGGCAGUCAUCAGAGUGCUCAGCUUUACACUGGGAAGAUACAAAUAUAGAAAGCCGCGUCAAGCAAUAGAGGAAGUUAUCAGUGUUUUGCUAGAGAGAAAUGCAAAUGUAACAAUCCAAGCUCUUCUUUCUGUGUUCGACGAGUUUAUUGAGCCUCUUCAGAAAUCAGUGCCAUCGCGUUCAAGCUCUGUUACAGCAUUGGUUGCUCUUAAUUGGUCAUGCAUAGUUGCUAGACACCUCUCAAAAACCUCUGAUGAUGAAGAAAUCUGGAGAAGACUUAUCAAGUGUCAAAUGGUGCUGUUGUCUGCUGCUAUGGCUUCUAGACAACAAUCCAUUCAACAUUCAGCUAAGCAAAAGCUGAAAGUUCUAUGGCAAGAGAAUAAGGAAAUGUGUUGGAGAUACAGUAGGAUGCUUGAAAAGGAUACUCCUUCACAGCACUUUAUCAGUAUGGCAUCACAUCUCUUUACCGUUGCCUUGUCUGCAGGUGAUGCAGACCUUGUUAAUGUUUGCAAGGCUAUUGCAAUAGACGGGUAUGUCAAGGCAGUACUGGUAGCAAAAACUCAACCUCGUGACUAUAUUCUGGCAUGUUUUGGUGCUGUUUUGAAACUUGUUGAUCAUGAAACAUUUAAUGGAUCACUUCUGCCUGCUAUUCAGAAGGCUCUAUUGAGAAACCCCGAAGACGUUAUGACUGCUGUCAUUCAGUUAGUCAAAGAUAUUUCAAUUGAUCUCAGUCGAUAUUCUGUGGACAUUGCCAAGCCUGUAUCCGCCCAACUUGUCUCUAAGAAGGAGUGGAUGCGCGAGUCAGCGGUUGAGUUCCUUCGAAGUCUUGCUAGUCAGUGCAGUGAUAGGGAGGCUGUAGACAAGCUGAUUAAACUUCUUGCUGAUAUUCUAAAUGGAAGUGAAGGCAAACUAACUCUGUGGGAGCAACGAGUUGGGGUUUUGACAGGGUUAUCAUCAUUGUCCCAUCACCAAGUGACUGGCAGCUCAGCAUCUGAUAUGUUGAGUUUGUCUGUAAUAGAGUCCAUCAUUCCAUUUCUUGAACGCGAAGGCCAUGAUGGUACUCUUGCCUGCGGACUCUCUACUCUUGGAUUGUGGACAGUGAAGUUUUCAACUAGUUUGCCUGACUCAUUACUUACCUUUUUUAAGAAAUGUUUUGGUAAAAGCACAAUCAGUGCAAAAACAGCACUUCUGAGAUGCAUGCUGGUGACUUUCAAAGGAAAUUGUCUCGUUCAAGGCAUUGACUUUCUGCCACAACUGCAAGCUUCUGUGGACAAAGCAGUGUCUCAGAUGCAUCAGAUCGCAGUAGUAACGGAGGGAUUGACAGCGGCAGCUCUUCUGGUGCAGCUUUCUACAGCUGACGCAACUGUUGAACCACGACUUUCAGACUUUUGGAACACUCUUUUACACUCUGACAAACAGAUAUUUACAAGUUCAAAAUUUCUUGGUGCAGCCAGUACUGAAGGAUUGAUGACUCUUUUAGAGUUAACAGAGAGGCUGAUGACGGACCAUGCUCAGAAAUUAGGGCAGCAGCAAAUAAGGCAAUGGAGCUACCCUCUCGUGAUCAUGGCUCUUCAUUCUUCUUACAACAUGAGACGAGAAGCACAGUUGACAAUAAAGAAAUUGUUGAUGUAUGCUGAUUCAGACAUUCUUCGACAGAAUUUAUAUUUUUCCUAUGAAGAAGUGCUACUGUCACGAGACAACACACGUAAAAUUGAGAAUGAAACAUUUGAUGGAAGUGAAGAAACUGAUUCUACUGCAUCUGGAAAACAACAAGCAGGAAAAAAUCUUGUGCAGUUGCUGUUGGUUUUGGUUUCUGUUUCCAGUACUGCUGAAAUUGUAGAAAAAGAAACGAUAGCAUUGGAUGUCUUUUUGCUUGCUCACCAUCCAUCUGUUGUUUGCAUUGACAAACAUGUAUGGUUAAAAGUGCUGAAGAAACUUGGCAUUUCUGUCACAGAACUUGUACAACAACAUGGUGCUAUUCUUUGGCAAAGGUUGGAGGACAAACUGCAAACUGUGAAGGAGAGUUGCUCUGCUUUCAAUUGCCUGACGACGUUGUGUGAGCUGGCACCCAGUUAUUCCAUUCCUGUAGUAACAGAUCGAGUGAUGAGAGGUUUGAAGGAUGAUCGACUCAUGCAAGUAACUCAGACUGAGGUGGAUAUAAUGAAUACACCAGAGGGACAACUCUACAACAAAAGCAUUAUUGCAAGUGCAAAGGCUUCUGCUUCUGCAUCAGAACAGAACAUAAAACGAGAGUCUAAAGCCUAUAGCUACGAGGAGCAGCAGUGGGAUAGACAAUUGAGGGAAGAAUUACAGCAGAAGAAAGAGCAAGAGCAGAAAUCCUCUAGAACACACAAAAAGAAGACAGUAGCAGCAGAGAAAGGCAGUAGCAAAAAUUCUUCUGCUGGUACUGUUGGAGUGAGUGACGACAAGCUUCAGCUGACAAAGAAGCAGCAAGAGGCCAUAGAAGCUUCGAAAGCAGAAGAGCAAGGAAUUCGGAGACGACUCAGAAAUUUGAGUGAUGAAUUUGAAACAACAGUUGAACUUCUCUCUGUUGCAAUUGAAGCAAACCCUGUUGCUCUAAAUCCACAUGUUCCAUCAUUUGUUAGCAGGAUUCUUUCCUUGAUGAAGUCACCUUUGGCUUCUGCUGGAGCAUGCAGACUUUGGCUAAAACUUCAGUUUGUUGUGUUUCCGAACAGUUUAGCUGGACUUGGGACACUAGUUGCUCAUGCAAGUCUUCGAUUGCUCGAACCAUUGUCUGCACUUGAUCAUUUAUGGUCAGAAGAACCGUGUUCAAGUCAAGCAGCAAGAGCUGUUGAGUUGUUACUUUCAGUGUUGUCCGUGCAGUCUCAUCAAUUUCAUGCUGGACAUUUUCCAACCGCCAUGUUUGUGUACUGUUGUCCUCUGCUCAAACGUGUCUUGCAAGCAGAUGGAGUGUGCGUUCAAGGAAACGUGACUGCAAGACAACAAGCACUGGAAUUGAUUCUGGCACAUUCAAAAUCAAGAAAAUCAAGUGACAAUGAUAUUGAGUGGAAUCCUGAUUUGAUGCCUCGUGAUCAGUUGAUGAGCAUACUGGCACAUGUUAUUACGUCAUCAGGAGACCUUAGGAAAACCAGUCAGCUUAAAAACAUUGCAAUGUCAGCUUUUUCUGAGCUGUGUGUAAGUGGCAGUGGAAAGGAUGGUUGUGGACGGGGAACAUUAGUAGAUAUCCAAGUCCUUUUGGAUUGUUUAAUGUCUCCAGUAGAAGAUCUUCGGUACAUUGCUGUGAAAGGUCUUCUAUCUAUGAUUAAAGUUCUGCCAUCAGUUGAAGAUAGAAACGAGUCAAAUGAGGUGGCAAAGUUUCUGGUACAAAGGGUUUACGUUGCACAGUUUGAUGCAGCUGACAGAGUGAAAGCACGUGCAAAGGAGUUAUGGAAUGAUGCUGGUUUAGUUGUGCCAGAGUCUCUGCUGUUGACUCUGAUUGAAGAUGUGUUGCAUUUUGAACCAGUAGUCCAUGUCUCAGCAUCUAAGGCCACAGCAGCCGCUCUGCAGGAGUGGUCAGACAUGGUUGGUGCCGUUAUUGAAACUUUGUUUGCUGCUUACAAGGAGAAGCUGAAGGUUCCUCCCAUUGUUAAAGAUGAUAUUGGCCGUGUUUUGUCACUUCCAUUUAUUGAUCCAUGGGCAAGUCGUUGUGGCAUAGCUUUAGCGUUGGGAAAGAUAGCACCUCAUUUGAGCGAUCGGGAAAUUGAUUCUGUUUUCUCGUUUUUUGUCCACUAUGGCUUGUCUGAUCGUGUCGAAAAAGUAAGAAGUCUGAUGCUGGAUGCAGGUUUGUCUGCAUUGAAUAUUCAUGGCAAGGACCAUGUUCACAAUCUCUUGCCUUUGUUUGAGGAAUUCCUUGAAACAGCACCCAACUCUUCUGAAGUUGAUCCUGUUCGUCAGUCUGUUGUGAUUUUGAUUGGUUGUCUUGCACGUCAUUUAGACAAAGAUGAUCCCAAGGUGACGCUUAUUAUUGAUCAGCUUGUGAAAGCAUUGGACACGCCAUCACAGCAAGUACAAGAGGCUGUAGCGAGCUGUCUUCCUCCUCUUAUUCGUUUUGUUCAAGACUCGGCUACAGAUCUGGUAGCUCAAUUAAUGGAGAAGCUUCUUCAAGGAUCAAGGUUUGCAGAAAGGAAAGGUGCAGCAUAUGGCUUGGCUGGUGUCGUUAAAGGACUUGGUGUUUCCAUUCUGACUCAGUUUGGAAUUGGUGACAAACUCCAAGAAGCUGUUGCUAACAAGAAAAGUUACAAGCAUAGGGAAGGUGCCCUGUUUGCCUAUGAAAUCUUGUCAUCGAUGUUGGGACGACUGUAUGAACCACAUGUCAUUCAUUUCAUUCCCAACCUGUUGGUGUGUUUUGGUGAUGGCAACCAGUAUGUUAGAGAAGCAGCAGAUGACACAGCUCGUGCAAUUAUGGCACAGUUGAGUGGUCAUGGAGUAAAACGCAUUCUGCCAUCACUUCUGUCAGCUCUUGAUGACGAUUCAUGGAGAACAAAAACAGGAAGUGUUGAGCUGUUGGGUAAAAUGGCAUAUUGUGCCCCACAACAGUUGUCAGCAUGUCUGCCUAGUAUUGUGCCAAGGCUAAUGGAAGUACUUGCAGACUCUCAUGCGAAAGUGCAGAAUUCUGGUGUGGAGGCUCUGAAGCAGAUUGGGUCUGUUAUCAAGAACCAGGAAAUCCAAACUCUUGUUCCUGAAUUGUUAGAAACAAUGAGCAACAUUGCUGGAAAGUCACAGAAUUGCUUGCAAUUGCUUUUGCAGACUCAGUUUGUUCAUACAAUUGAUGCUGCAUCUUUGGCAUUGAUCAUGCCUAUUGUGGAAAGGUCUCUGGAUUUACGAUCAACCGAAACCAAGCGAUUGGCUUGUCAACUUCUUGCUGAAAUGUACACUUUCACUGAUCCAAAAGACUUGGAACCCUAUAUACCAUCUAUCAUGCCAGGAUUGAAAACAGCUUUAGUUGAUCCGGUGCCAGAGGUGCGUGCUGUUACAGCCCAAGCAUUAGGCUCAAUGGUAACCGCGAUGGGUGGAGACAGUUUUGAGGAUCUUGUGCCAUGGCUUCUUAAAACAAUUCAGUCAGAUCAAAGUAAUGUUGACCGGUCGGGAGGUGCUCAAGGUUUGUGUCAUGUACUUUUGGCUCGAGGUUCUGAGAAACUAGAGGAAAUGAUGCCAUCAUUUAUUGAUGCAUCACAGUGCUCAGACCAUCCAGCGCAUGUUCGUGAUGGCUAUCUGACGUUGUUUGUUUAUCUGCCUGUUUCCUUUGGCAACGACUUUAUCACAUAUAUUGCAGAUAUUAUUCCUCCAAUACUAAAGGGUCUUUCUGAUGAAUCUGAAUUUGUACGUGAUACAGCUUUGAGUGCUGGACAGUGUAUUGUAACUCGUUAUGCUGAAACGGCAGUGGAAGUGUUUCUUCCUGAAUUAGAGAAAGGCUUAAGCGAUGAAAACUGGAGAAUUCGUUACAGUUCUAUCCAACUUCUUGGUGACUUGCUCUAUCAUAUCUCGGGUGUCACAGGCAAAAUGACGACAGUGUCAGAUGAGGAUGACAACUUUGGCACAGAACAUUCUACACGAGCUUUAAUUCAAACACUUGGUAUAGAGCGACGUAAUCGUGUGUUGUCUGGCCUCUACAUGAGCCGAUCAGAUGAAGCUGUUAUGGUCAGACAAACUGCAUUGCAUGUCUGGAAAAUUGUAGUGGCAAACACAGCAAGAACAUUGAAAGAGAUCUUGCCCGUUUUGCUGUCAAUGCUUCUCAAGUCCUUAGCUAGUGUGAGCGAUGACAGACAACAGGUCGCUGCUCGCACUCUGGGAGACAUUGUUCGGAAGCUGGGUGAACGUAUUCUGCCAGAGAUUAUUCCUAUAUUAGAGCAUGGUUUGCUGUCUGAAAGUAGUGUGGAGAGACAAGGCGUCUGUGUUGGUUUAAGUGAAAUCAUGGCAUCAACUUCUAAAGAUUAUCUUCAGGCUUUUCAGGACUCGUUAAUUCCUACAGUUCGAAGAGCCCUGUAUGAUCCUCUGCCUGAAGUGAGGGCAGCAGCUGCCAUGACGUUUGAUAAUUUGCAUUCCAACAUUGGUCCAAAAGCACUUGAAGAUAUAUUGCCAUCAUUGUUGAAUAUUUUAAAAAGUGGUGGAGAUGAAGUCGAGUUUGCCUUAGAUGGACUGAAGCAAGUGAUGAUUGUGAAGAGUAGGAUUGUCAUGCCUUUUCUUGUUCCAAAACUGAUAGCACAGCCUGUUAAUAUGAAAGCUCUUGCACUUCUAUCAUCAGUUGCCGGUGAUGCGUUAACACGUCACUUGGGCACCAUUUUACCUGCUCUAUUGAAAGCACUAAGUACAUCAGUGGACAAUACUGAUAAUGACGAGGAAAUGGAGUCGUCCAGACUGUUAAUACUGAGCGUAACUGGUGAGGCUGGUGUUCGUUGUGUUAUUGAUGAGCUGAUGUCGGCGGGAAAAAACUCCCAUGCUGGAGUGAGGAAGGCAUCUGUUGUGCUGCUUCAUGUGUUUUGUAGUGAAACGAGGGCUGACUAUAAACAAUAUGUUCCUAAGCUUAUAAUUGGUCUUAUCCAGAUGUUUGGUGAUCCUGAGCAUUCUGUAGUUACGUCUGCAUGGGAUGCUCUCAAUGCAGUCACUGGGAGGCUACUACCUAUAGAUCAGCUGAGUUGUAUUGCACAUAUACGGCAAGGUAUUAAGUUUGUAAAAGCAGACUUUGAAGGACAAGACUUGCCAGGGUUCUGUCUGGACAAAAAGGGUAUUAAGCCAUUGCUUCAGGUAUUUCGAGAAGGUGUUCUUAAUGGCUCACCCGAAUGCAAAGAGAAAGCGGCAGCAGGGCUAGGAGAUGUGAUUGCUCUCACUAGCGCAGAGGCAUUGAAGCCUCAUGUUAUAACAAUUACAGGACCUCUCAUUCGUAUUCUGGGAGAUCGAUUUAGUUGGAAUGUCAAAGUUGCUAUUCUUGACACUCUUGGUCUAGUCAUAGUGAAAGGUGGAGUGGCAGCAAAAGCUUUUGUACCACAACUUCAGACGACGUUUGUGAAGGCACUGAAUGAUGCUAAUCGUACCGUGCGACUACGUGCUGCGUCUGCUCUUGAGAAACUAGUUGUAUUGCAGAUAAGAGUUGAUCCUCUUUUUAAUGAUCUUUCUUCAGGAAUCAAGAACAACGAAGAACCUGGAAUCAAGCAAACAUUUCUUGUAGCUCUUCAGGGAACUUUACGUGGAGGUGGAGCUCGCAUGAGUGAAAGUGUAAGGCAUAAUGUGACCAGUUUAGUAUCAAGUUUGUUACAAGUUUCUGACGACAUGAUACAACAAGCAGCUGCCAGCUGCAUUGGAGCACUAUGUCUUGUACUUCCCGAUGAGGAACUCAACCAACUCGUUGAUGAAAAUUUUUUGUGUGAUCACUCAUCUGAUGAGUGGAGGUUACGUUGUGGACGUUCGCUAGCCAUGCAUGAGGCUCUUGUUUCAGCACUUCACAGAGUAGUGAUUGCAAAUAAUCGUGAGAAAUGGCUGAUCACUGUUGUAUCUCAUGUGUCAUCAGAUAGGGUAUCAUUAUGUGUAGCAGGACUUAAUUGUGUUGGACAGUUGAUGUCGGAGUCUGUUGAUGCUAAAUCGAUUCUUCUUCCAUGCAUUGUGAAGUCUCUGAUUAAUUCAUCUAAUGAAGUCCGUGUAGCUGCUGCUUCAACUGUAAAGAAAGUGGCAGAAGCAUCCAAAUUUAGUACUGAAGACUUACAGCAGCUGGUGCCACCUCUACUCGAGGGUACACAGGAGAAGAAUAGUCCUGUUCGUCUGUCUGCUGAGCAAGCUUUAGUCUCAGCUCUAGAACUAAGAAAAAGUGAUGCAACAUUUCAGGAGUGUUUGACUGUACUGGACAGUGAGAAAGCAAGCAGCUUAGCAGCCUCUUACAAGAAGACUCUCAGCCGUCUUGCUUCCCAAAAAGACGACACUGACACGACAGCCACCGAGUUGUAUUAACAAACGAAAACGUAGUGUUUGCAGAAUAUCAAACCUAGUAACAUUGUUUACAUAGUGUCGGAUCAUGCACCUUGCAGUAACAAUAACGCGCGCUAUUGAA